AUGUUUGAAGCAACUUUUGCUAAAGCAGCUUUGAUUAAAUAUUUUAUCAAAGCAACAAGAGAGCUUGUUACUAAUAUUAACAUUAAAUUUACAGAAUUUGGCAUUAACUUUACAAGCAUAAAUUUAUCACACAUAUCUCUGUCCAUUUUAAUAAAGAAAGUUUUAAAAGAUAUAUUACUUACUCUAUUUCAUACAAAAAUUGAAAAACAAGAAAGAAAGCUUUAG